UGAUCUUAGUACAAAUGCUAAUGUGAGUUCCAGAGUUGAGAUCAUGGUGUUGUCAUAUUAUUGUUCCAGUACUCCUGUCCACUUUCUGAGCAGUUGUAUUCGUACUAUAGUCUAGACAGAAAGCGAAAACUUUCAAUGUUAAAUCACCCGAACACUCUUCUAAUUAAAAAAAAAAAAUCACUCGGGCUCGGGGUGUCCAAAAUUAAAUAUAAACACAGGAGGCGCUGUGGUACUUCCGACCAAUGAACAUUCAAACUCUACUGGUCGUGCGCCAAAUUCAAAGAGCAGGAUGGACAAAAUGGGUAAAUCGUCGGGAUUUACAGCGGCUUACAAAUUAAAAUCUGGAUCAGCUCUUCAGAAAAAAGAUGCUCGUCUUCGCCGACGUUCCGUUGAAUGGAAGACUCUUAGAGGAGAGGAAGUUGAUAAAAGACGAAACAUUAAGAACUUGUCUCCAUUGCAAGAGGCAAAAGAAAACAGAUCUCAUCGUUCUAUGCACAAAGACAAAAGCCCAACAAAAGACAGAACAGGUGAAAAGGCUAAUGACAUGAGAGAAAAACUAAAGAGAUGGAGAGAGGAGAAAGCAUUAAAAAAGAAAUUGGAAGCUCAAGAAAAGGCCAUGAGAAAACCAUUUAUUAUAAAACAUGUAGUGCACAGUGAUACUUUGCAGACUUCAAAGGGAAAGAAAGGGGGAACAGAUUCUAUUAAGGAUAAACAGGAUACUAAGCCCCUUCAGCCAAAGUCACUGAAUAAAGGAACAAUGGACAACAUAUCUAUAAAUGUUCAAAAGAAGCAUGGCAGUGUAAAACUUCAGAAGCAAGAUAUAGUGAGACUAAGCAAACCAGCGACUGAGAGAACAACGAGGUCAACCAACCAAAGAACAGCUAAAACAUUACAAUCUGUGCAGGAUGUUGACAGAAAAUUGAAAAAUAAAACAACUUGCAAAAAGAGUGCAUCCAAAUCAGUGGAUUUAAAGAAAGUGUCCACAACACGAGGAAUGUCAUUUGCUCCUGAAGAGUUCACUUUUACUGCUCCCAACAACCUGGCCUCCUUUGUCUUUAAGCCUCUCAGCCCCACCAGCUCUGAAAACUUUUUGUCCUCCAACAAUCCAGAUGAGAGUGCUGCAUUUCUUGCAACAGACCUUGGAAGAUGUUCAACGCCCAAAAGAGAAAGAGCAGCAAGUGUUGUUAUAGCUACUGAUGAGCAAGAAACAGAAAAUUUUAAAGAGAACAGAAAUGGUAGAGUUGGCAAGCAUCAGCAAGGCAUGAAUGAUGAUUACUUAGCAGAAACAUCUACAGAGUUACUAGAAACCAGGAGACAAACUAGGUCUCUAACUAAAUAUAUCACUCAGAAAAGUGAAUCUUUGUCAUUUGCCAAGAAUUCAUCUGCAAAGGAAACAGAAUCUAAAGCAAUGAAUUCAAGUCAUGGGGGAAAAGAAACUUACUGUUCAUCCCGAAAAUCUACAGGAAGAACUCCAUCGCGUUCCAGGAAGUCUAUUAACAAUGCUUCCGUCGCUUCUACAAAGUCAAGAACAAGGUCAUCUAGCAGAGAGCUGCCAUCAAGGUCUCGCUCUAGAAAAAGAUCCCAUAGUCAAGAGGAAGGAAGCACAACAAAACGAAGAAAAUCCCGGAGGUCUGUCAAUAUGAACCCCAGUGGUGGUGUCCAGGUGGAUGUGAUGACUUCUCCUGAGCAGCAGGAAAAGCCUACAGAUGAUGAAACAGAUCAAAUUGUGGAUAGUUGGGACAAGGAGGAGAAAAAUGAAAAGUUUACAGAGUCUACAGAAACUAGUGAAAACCAGGUUAUGGAUGAGGUGGCUUCCAAAAGAACUGUUACACUUAGUGAACAUAGCCUAACAGUCGAAGUGACCGAGGAUACCAAUCAAGUAUCUCAUCAGCCAAAACCUUCUCCGUUACCAAACAGAAGAUCAAGACGAUCUACACCAUCAAAAGGAAAACUCACAGAAGAUGUCCCAAGUACUAAUAUAGAAGAAGAAAUCUCGGCAAAAGCCAGUGGAAUUUUGUUAAAACCAGAACCUGACACUUCUGAUGAUACUGAAGCAUUGCUGGCUGAAAAAGAAGAGACCAAUGAGGUGUUUUCGGAAGGCAAUUCCUCUCCAGCACCAAGGAGAAAAUCCAGACGAUCGAUCAGGAUGAGACCAGAUUUUGUCGUAAUGCAAGAAGACUUUACAGCUGGUGACAAAGAAAACUCAAAGCCAAAAAAGAUCACUCGUCGCUCCUUGGCUGUGGUGGAUGGCUUCAAGUUACCAUCUGAGUCCAUGUCUACCAAACGUACCAAGCCAAAACAGAGACGACAUACGCUUCAUGUAGCAAAGAGUCCCGAGGAAUGGGUAGAGAUCCUUAAGAGCAGUCCGAUGGUAGAAAUGAGUCGCAGAACUCCUAAACAAAAAUCACCUGUGUCAAGAAUGCCAGUUUUAAACUUGGAACUUGACCUUGAUGACCUCAAUUUACCACCAAAGGAGGAAGUUCAGAAUGACCUAGAUAUUUCCAAGGUUAUAUUGGCCAACCUGAAUUCCUCUUUAUCAGCUGAUGAAUAUGAUGCAGAGCCGACUGCUGUUCAGACAAGUGUUGAGCAGAUGGAGGUAGCAGCGUCAGACUCACCAAAAGCACAGCAAGACUCAGACACUGCAUCCAUUAGUACUGAAAGAAGAUCUGAGCCAGAACAUGAUGUAAACUAUUUUAGGAACCUUGUGUCUUCUGAGACAACCAGAUACAAUGUUGUAUGUGAGAAAUGGGAAGCCAUCAAUACUCCUGAUCUCUCAGAAGAAGUUCAAGGACAAAUCCGCUCAGUGAUAGGGCAAGCCAAGCUGUUGAUAGCACAGAGAUUUAAACAGUUUAUUGGCUUAGUGGACAACUGUGAGUUCAAACUUGGUGAGAAGGAGACAACUUUUACAGAUCUUCAGGGAUUCUGGGAUAUGAUUUAUUUUCAGGUAGAAGAUGUAGACAAGAAAUUUGAAGAUUUGCAACAGCAGAAAGAGGCUGGAUGGGUGAAGAAAUCUCCAGAUCUUGUCAAAAAAGUUGUAAAAAAAAAGUUUAUCAACAAACCAGUCAUCAAGAAGCCAGUCAAAUCCAAGUUUGCGGCCUUUAAAGCUAGUAUGAAAUCUUCUGCCCCUGCUCAAACCAUUGAACAUGACUGGGGUCUCUUCAAAGUCACUAGUCCCAUCAGGAAACCAACCUACCACUGUGAAGGUGGAUCUCCUAAGUCACAGACAGAUACACGUAAAUCACCAAUGCCUCUACAGCCAAGACCAGAUCUAUCACAACCAGUGGAGGAGAGCACAUCACAGUCAACAGUGCCAGUGAUUCAACACAAGGCCAUAAUUCUCACUGUGGAGGAUGUACCAAUUGUGAGGACACCCAAAAGACAGAGCUAUCUCCCUGCUGUCCCUAGUCCUCUCCUUCAGGAUUCUACCCCCCAGCCUCGCUUCACUCGUAGUCUGCUGAAGACCACUCCGUCACUGAAGCAGACGGAAGACAUAACAACAGAAAAAGACACACCAAGACAUAGAAGACAAUCUCUUAGGAGAUCCAUUAACUUGAAGAGGAGGUCUGUGUCCUUUGUAGAAGAGCCAGUGAAACCCGAGUCUCCAGCCAAUGAAAGCUUCUCCAAGUACUUGCAACCCUCCCAGUCAAUACCUGAGGAAACCAGCAGUCCAGUCAGUGUCAUGGACAGCUACCUCUGUCAAAAGACACCUGAUGCCUCACUCCUCAGCUCAGGUGGAAAAGCUGUGAAAUCUACACUGAAGCAGACAAGAAGAAGGUCAGCACGUAGGAGUGUGUCAUUUUGUAGUCCACUGCAAGAGAAAGACAAGUCCUGUCUUCGAUACCCACCAACUCCCCACAGUCUACAAGUAAACGACCAGGAGUCAGACUCGGGCAUUCCAAGUGAUACAGAGUCCAAGUUUGCUGAUCUGAAUGUGGCCCUCACACCAGUCACCAGAUCCUCAAGAUCAAGGCCAAGUUUACUGUUCACUCCCCCCAAUCUCAGUGAGACUCCACCAGUGAGGAGUCCUGCUGAUGUAGCAGUGGGUACGCUGAUCUCAUUCUCGCCGUGAGAAAGGCUGACCAUACAGACAAAGGAACCUUGGGCUGGGUGGAUGAAUGAAUGUAGAGGGCGGUAGUGCUGGCAGACAUUUUCUUGCUGUCUUUUACCUUCUCUUUAUCAACUUCUUCACAUUUUUAUAGUAUUAGCAUUGUGAGGAUGGCUGAGUAUGGAUGUUUUCAUGUUUUGUGUCUUUUGUGUAGAACGAGUGUGUAGCAUGUACGAGUUUUAUAUUCUGAACUGAGCAAGUUAGUCAGCUGUUUAUCUCUAUGGAUGCAUGCUGCAAACAUAUAAUUUUGAUACAUGUACAUGGAUUGCUAUGUAUAUUUUUUAUGACACACACUAAGACCCCCAAAAAAACCAACUGAAGUUAGGAGUGAUAUACUGGAAUCACCAAGUCCAGCCAUCCAUUGAUAGACAUAAUUUGUAUACCUUUAACACCAAUGAACAGAUAUGAUUAAGGAUGAAUGGAACACUAGAGAAAAUUUUAUAUGGAUGAAAAAUGGAGGAUAGGUACAGUAAUAUGUUAAAAUUGAAAACUUUCAAAUUUACUUUAUUGAGUCAAAAAUGCAGUCUUCGUAGAAAGUAAUCUGAAUAACUGGACUCAAAAUCGUGAUCUACAGAUCAGCAGUCGACACGUUAAUCGACAAAGCUACCUAGCUAAGCAAUCAAAUUUUAAAAGGAAUAUACAAUGUAUUGCUGAUAUUUAUAUUUUAAUUCAUGUUUUAAAAGGAAGUUAGCCAUUAUGACAAUGCAGUAUACCUCCUUAAAACUUUGCAUAUAUCUUGCAUGAAUAAUGAAGUUGUGCACCUGCUAUUUUGAUUGAGAUUUUUUAACAUUCAAGGAAGUUAUGGAGAUUUUUUUUCCAUUUAAAGGUGUGUUAUGUUGUCAUUGUCAUUAUCUAGAGUAUAUAUCUUAAAAACCACUUAUUCUUCAAUGAGCACAAAUUCACUAUUUGCCACAUCCAAUGUGUGGUGCCCUGUAGGGGGUAUCAGUCCCGUUAGGACAGCUUUAGUGUUUUUUUGUCUGGGGGUUGGGGGGUGUUGCUCUAAUAGUUGCAGAUGUUAUGUUAAAAAAUUGAAGAAAAUGUAGGUUUUUAUGACAAUAUAACCCUUAGUUUUGUUAGAUGUACAUUACUCUGUAUUCUCCUUUCCUGUUGCAGUAGUCUCAAUUCGUUAUAUUUCAUUCAAACUUGUAUAAUAAUUUACUCAUUAAUAGAUGUAUCAGAAAUCAAGUUUGUUUGUAGCAUGUAUCCUUAAAUAAGAUACAUACAUGAAUUUCAAUAGAAGUCUUUAUUCUCUAAAAUAAAAAAAUAAAGAAAAAACUUGGAAGAUUUCAUUCAUUUCUCAUAAACAUCAAAUGUUGUAUUGCCUGUAAAGUAGAUAAUUAUGGGCCUCAUCUUGAAAAUAAAUUUUUUUCGGGAAGAUUUCAUGAUUUGAUAUACAAUAUAUAUGCUCAAUCUGAGUACAAGAUCUUUUGAGUAGAAAAUUGAGCUUACUGACAUUUGUGUUUUCAUUUAAACUUGUAUUUAAUCUAUGUACAAUACAGAAAUAUUGUAUGUUAUGAUCAUAUAUAUUAGUAACCAGUGGUGUAUAAUGCUAUUUCAUUACAAUUUCUUCACUGUAUCAUGAUCAAUGAAUCAAACAUCAAAGCUAUAAUGUUCACUGAUAAUGUGUAUUGUGAUUAAAAUAUGCUUAUAUGAUCCUUUGGUUUUUAUGUCAGUAUAACAGACCAAUAAAAGUAAUUUUUGACAUCCA